AGGAGGAGAACAAGGAGAGAGCAGAGUCUCUGAGGCCAAGAGAGUAGAGUUUUUUGAGAAGGAGGGGGUGGUCAACCGUAUCAAAAGCCACAGAGAUGUUAGGUAGUAAGAGUCCGGAGUAUGGCCAUUGGUUGGGAUGAGUACGGAGUAGUGGCCAUUGGUUGGGAUGAGUACGGAGUAGUGGCCAUUGGUUGGGAUGAGUACGGAGUAGUGGCCAUUGGUUGGGAUGAGUACGGAGUAGUGGCCAUUGGUUGGGAUGAGUACGGAGUAGCGGCCAUUGGUUGGGAUGAGUAUGGAGUAGUGGCCAUUGGUUUUAGCAGUUAGUAGAUCAUUAGUGAGGUUUAGUAGGGCUGUGUCAGUGGAGUGUAGUGAGUGAAAGCCAGACUGUAAAGGGUGAAGAAGGUUGUUGUCGGUGAGGUGGGAGAUCAGACGAUUGCAGACUAAGCAUUCUAGGAGUUUAGAGGGAAAUGGCAGCAGGGAGAUGGG